UCGCGUCCUAGGAGCCCGCAGAGCCAGGCCAGGAUGGAGAGGAGACGGGUCACCUCAGCUGCCCGCCGCUCCUAUGUUUCCUCCUCGGAGAUGGUGAUGGGGGGCCUGACUCCCAGCCACCGCUUGGUUCCAGGCACCCGCUUCUCCCUGGCUCGAAUGCCACCCCCACUCCCGGCCCGGGUGGACUUCUCCUUGGCCGGGGCACUCAACACCGGCUUCAAGGAGACACGGGCCAGUGAGCGGGCAGAGAUGAUGGAGCUCAAUGACCGCUUCGCCAGUUACAUCGAGAAGGUGCGCUUCCUGGAACAGCAGAACAAGGCACUGGCUGCGGAGCUGAACCAGCUGCGGGCCAAGGAGCCCACCAAGCUGGCUGACGUCUACCAGGCUGAGCUGCGCGAGCUGCGCCUGCGGCUCGAUCACCUCACCGCCAACUGCGCCCGGCUCGAGGUCGAGAGGGACAAUCUGGCGCAGGACCUGGGCACCCUGAGGCAGAAGCUCCAGGAUGAAACCAACCUGAGGCUGGAGGCCGAGAACAACCUGGCUGCCUAUCGACAGGAGGCAGAUGAAGCCACCCUGGCCCGUCUGGAUCUGGAGAGGAAGAUUGAGUCUCUGGAGGAGGAAAUCCAGUUCUUGAGGAAGAUCCAUGAUGAGGAGGUGCGGGAGCUCCAGGGGCAGCUGGCCCGGCAGCAGGUCCAUGUGGAGCUGGAUGUGGCCAAGCCAGACCUCACAGCGGCCCUGAGAGAGAUCCGCACCCAGUAUGAGGCAGUGGCAUCCAGCAACAUGCACGAGGCAGAGGAGUGGUACCGGUCCAAGUUUGCGGACCUGACGGACGCCGCGGCCCGCAACGCGGAGCUGCUCCGCCGGGCCAAGCACGAGGCCAACGACUACCGGCACCAGCUGCAGGUGCUGACCUGCGACCUGGAGCGGCUGGCUUCCACCCUUCAGAACCAGUCCCUGGAGAGGCAGAUGCGGGAGCAGGAGGAGCGUCACGCCCGGGAGGUAGCGAGUUACCAGGAGGCCCUGGCCCGGCUGGAGGAGGAGGGGCAGACCCUCAAGGACGAGAUGGCCCGGCACCUGCAGGAGUACCAGGACCUGCUCAACAUCAAGCUGGCCCUGGACAUGGAGAUCGCCACCUACAGGAAGCUGCUGGAGGGCGAGGAGAACCGCAUCACCAUUCCUGUGCAGACCUUCUCCAACCUGCAGAUCCGAGGGGGCAAAAGCACCAAAGAAGGGGAAGGUCACAAGGUCACAAGACAUCUCAAAAGCCUCACAGUACAAGUUAUACCAAUUCAGGCUCACCAGAUUGUAAACGGAGCCCCGCCGGCUCUCGGUUAGCUGCCCGCCUCUCAGACACGGUGCUUUUCCCCACUCGGCAGGGAGGGAGCCUCACCAAGUCCAUGUUCCCCAUCCUCCUGGGCUCCCUCCUCCCAGGUUUCCCUAAAGGGCCAGCCUGUGCCAUCUUCCCAGCAACCUCAGUGCCCAGCUCAGGACCUGGCACAGGGUAAAUGUAGGUGAAACUAGCAGACCGGCUGGUGUUCGGGGUGAUAUGUCCUCAGGUGCUCAGAGGAGAUGCUCUGGGGCCUUUGAGCAAAUGCCAGCCUCCUCCUCACUCCUUCCCCAUCUGAGAGGGCCCCUAGGGCCUCUGUACCCAGUGGCAAGCUCUCUGCUUGAGUCAUCGGUCCCCGAGGCUCUGUUGCUCAGCACGAUGCUGAUUCAGCCCCGAGGAUUAUUUCCCCCUGGACUGCUGCUCUUGUAGUGAAUAAAGUUUUACACUCCCUGCUCUUAAUUUUAAA